CGGGGGCGUCCCGGUACAUGCAAUUCUUCUUUGGGGUGUUCUGGGUUCCCACGCGCGGCUACUAAGCAGAGGGUACCCAACUUUGCCACCUCACCGGUCGCCCUCUCUCGGUGCGAGCCCGUCCACUCAGCUGCACAACUGAAGACUCCCGCAGGCAAGCUGGUCCCCAGCCUGGCGCGCUGCGAGAGGAGGAUAGCUCUGGAGAAGUGGCGGGGUGCAGUGGCGGCUGCUGCCUCGACUUCCCUCGUAGCGCACUGAAGAAGACCUUUGGAACAGCUCCGGGCCCCGGGGCGCUGGAUGACUAGCAGGAGGAACGCGCCCCGCAUCUGGGCUGGCGUGUGACAACGGGGCUUGGGUGCCCAUGUGGCUGUGUAGUUCGGUGUGAUUCAUGACGGAGAGGCCACUCGUCUCUGCCCUCUCUCUCCUCGGUACUAUUCACACAUGACGAGAAGGUGAGCUUUGUAGAAGACACGUUCCCAGAGUCAGAGACCCCUUGCCCACCAUGAAGGGAGCCUGCAUCCUUGCAUGGCUGUUCUCAAGCCUGGGAGUGUGGAGAUUUGCACGGCCAGAGACCCAGGACCCUGCCAAGUGCCAGAGAGCUGAGCAUCCUGUUGUCUCCUACAAAGAAAUUGGCCCCUGGUUACGGGAAUUCAGAGCCGAGAAUGCUGUCGAUUUCUCGAGGUUAACAUUUGACCCAGGACAGAAAGAACUUGUCGUAGGAGCAAGAAACUAUCUCUUCAGACUACAGCUUGAGGAUCUGUCUCUCAUCCAGGCUGUGGAGUGGGAGUGUGAUGACGCUACCAAGAAGGCCUGUUACAGCAAGGGCAAAUCGAAGGAGGAAUGUCAGAACUACAUACGAGUGCUCUUAGUGGGCGGGGACCGGCUAUUCACCUGUGGUACCAAUGCCUUCACACCUGUCUGUACCAUCCGCUCGUUAAGUAACCUGACUGAGAUCCAUGAUCAGAUCAGUGGCAUGGCCCGCUGUCCCUACAGUCCCCAGCACAAUUCUACAGCUCUACUCACUGCCAGUGGUGAGCUCUAUGCUGCAACAGCCAUGGAUUUCCCAGGACGAGAUCCAGCCAUUUAUCGAAGUCUGGGUACCUUACCUCCGCUUCGAACUGCACAGUACAACUCAAAAUGGCUCAAUGAACCAAACUUUGUGUCUUCCUAUGACAUCGGAAAUUUCACUUACUUCUUCUUUCGAGAAAACGCCGUGGAACAUGACUGUGGGAAGACCGUGUUCUCCAGGGCCGCCCGUGUCUGCAAGAAUGACAUUGGAGGGCGAUUUCUUCUCGAGGAUACCUGGACUACCUUCAUGAAGGCUCGCCUCAACUGCUCCCGGCCUGGUGAGGUGCCCUUCUACUACAACGAGUUGCAGGGCACCUUCUUCCUGCCCGAGCUGGAUCUGAUCUAUGGCAUCUUCACCACCAAUGUAAACAGCAUUGCUGCCUCCGCUGUCUGUGUCUUCAACCUGAGCGCCAUCUCUCAGGCCUUCAAUGGACCCUUCAAGUACCAAGAGAACUCUCGUUCAGCCUGGCUGCCUUAUCCCAACCCCAACCCCAAUUUUCAGUGCGGCACCAUGGACCAGGGCCUGUAUGUAAACCUGACGGAAAGAAACCUACAGGAUGCUCAGAAGUUCAUUCUGAUGCAUGAAGUGGUGCAGCCAGUGACCACUGUGCCCUCCUUCAUGGAAGACAACAGCCGCUUCUCCCACUUGGCCGUCGAUGUUGUGCAAGGCAGGGACACUCUGGUCCACAUCAUCUAUCUGGCCACAGAUUAUGGCACCAUUAAGAAAGUACGAGCUCCCCUGAGUCAGAGCUCAGGCAGCUGUUUGCUGGAAGAGAUUGAGCUUUUCCCAGAGAGGAGGAGUGAGCCCAUCAGGAGCCUGCAGAUCCUCCACAGCCAGAGUGUCCUAUUUGUGGGGCUGCAGGAGCAUGUGGUCAAGAUCCCCCUGAAGAGGUGCCACUUCCAUCAAACACACAGUGCCUGCAUUGGCGCUCAGGACCCUUACUGUGGCUGGGAUGCAGUGAUGAAGAAGUGCACCAGUCUGGAGGAGAGUCUGAGCAUGACCCAGUGGGAUCAGAGCAUCCCCACCUGUCCGACAAGAAAUCUCACCGUAGAUGGAAGCUUUGGCCCAUGGUCUCCGUGGACACCCUGUACACAUACCGAUGGCACCGCGGUGGGAUCCUGCCUCUGCCGGUCCCGCUCCUGUGACAGCCCAGCUCCUCAGUGUGGUGGCUGGCAGUGUGAGGGGCCUAGAAUGGAGAUCACCAACUGCUCCAGGAAUGGAGGCUGGACUCCCUGGACCUCCUGGUCUCCCUGUAGCACUACCUGUGGCAUCGGCUUCCAGGUGCGGCAGCGCUCCUGCAGCAACCCCACGCCCAGGCAUGGCGGCCGCGUGUGCGUGGGUCAGAACAGGGAGGAAAGAUACUGCAAUGAACAUUUGCUCUGCCCACCACACGUGUUCUGGACAGGCUGGGGACCUUGGGAACGGUGCACAGCCCAGUGCGGGGGUGGCAUUCAAGCCCGCCGUAGGACCUGUGAAAAUGGGCCUGACUGUGCAGGAUGCAAUGUGGAAUACCAGCCUUGUAACACCAAUGCAUGCCCAGAGCUGAAGAAGACCACACCGUGGACCCCCUGGACACCGGUCAACAUCUCUGACAAUGGAGGCCACUAUGAGCAGCGGUUCCGCUACACCUGUAAAGCCCGACUGCCAGAUCCAAAUCUGCUGGAAGUAGGAAGGCAGAGGAUAGAAAUGCGGUACUGUUCCAGCGAUGGGACCAGUGGCUGCUCCACAGACGGACUUUCUGGAGACUUUCUACGAGCUGGGAGAUAUUCUGCCCAUACAGUCAAUGGGGCAUGGUCAGCCUGGACCUCCUGGUCACAAUGCAGCAGAGACUGCAGCAGGGGCAUUCGGAACCGGAAACGUGUUUGCAACAACCCAGAACCCAAGUAUGGGGGUAUGCCAUGCCUUGGCCCGUCGCUGGAGUUCCAGGAAUGCAACAUUUUACCCUGUCCAGUGGAUGGUGUGUGGUCUUGCUGGUCGUCCUGGUCUAAAUGCUCAGCAACCUGUGGGGGUGGGCACUACAUGAGAACCCGUUCGUGUACGAAUCCAGCCCCAGCGUACGGAGGGGACAUCUGCCUGGGACUGCACACAGAAGAGGCACUCUGCAACACACAGACCUGCCCAGAGAGUUGGUCAGAGUGGUCAGACUGGUCCGUGUGUGAUGCAUCUGGUACCCAGGUCCGUGCUCGGCAGUGCAUCCUUCUGUUUCCUGUGGGCAGCCAGUGUUCUGGAAAUACUACAGAGAGCCGGCCUUGUGUAUUUGACUCUAAUUUCAUCCCAGAAGUGUCUGUGGCAAGAUCCAGCAGCGUAGAAGAGAAAAGGUGUGGAGAGUUCAACAUGUUCCACAUGAUGGCUGUGGGGCUUAGCAGUUCCAUCCUCGGCUGCCUCCUUACACUGCUUGUCUACACCUACUGCCAACGGUACCAGCAGCAGUCCCAUGAUGCAACUGUCAUCCACCCUGUCUCUCCUGCUGCCCUCAACAGCAGCAUAACUAACCACAUCAACAAACUGGACAAAUACGACUCUGUGGAGGCCAUCAAGGCAUUUAACAAAAACAACUUGAUCUUAGAGGAGAGAAACAAAUACUUCAACCCACAUCUCACUGGGAAGACCUAUUCCAACGCCUACUUUACAGAUCUCAACAAUUAUGAUGAAUACUAGCAGCUCUUACACGUUCGGCUCCUUGUAAACUCUCUGCUCCUCAAAGCCGUGCUCCAUGACUGCCCAUGUUUCUGAGACUUCAGAGAUGACGUGUGGAUUCAUUUCAAGUGCAUUUCAAACCAGGACUUUCCCAUCGCUACCAAAAAAGCGCACAUCCUUAAAUGCCUAAAUGUGGUGUUGUGAAAAUCCAGUCUAUAGAAAACACUUGGUUGUUGCGAAGUGAGCCACGGUAUGAUGUUUUGUAUUGUGCUCAUCCCAAACUUUAACUGGUCUACUGUUUUCCAUUAGUUUUAUUUCAUAAAUGUGCCAACCACGUUAGAAAGUGUCUUUGAAAACAUAGUAUUAUCAUGCUUUUGAGUGCAAAGGGUCAGGAUGUUUUAACUUGGAAACAAACAAAUAACCAGGCACUUUAAUCUGAGAGAUGCCUUUCCCACACACACAGGGUCCAGAGAAAUUCACAGAAUGAAGGUGUGGCUAACACCAACUCCCCCAACCUGGGUGACUGUAGUUUCUUGGAAACAGCUUGUUUGCACUUGGAGUGAUUCCUGCCCAGGAAUUCCACCUGCCCUGGACCUGCUGAGUCAUGGUCUACUGAAAUCCUCUGCUUUGGUCUGGGGCAGUGAGUGUCAUCACUGUUUGGUGAACACAUGAAACAGAGAACAGCCAGAGAGACACACAGCAGUGUUCUGCAGCUUGCAGUGAAACUAACCUUUCUGUGACUUUUGGAUUCCGUGUCAUCCCAGGAAGCUCCCUGCCAUGCUAUGGGCCUGAAGGCCACCUUCCUGGGCAGUGAGCUUCCUGGCUGAAGAGCCAGUCUGAGCAUUUGAGUAAACUCCAUACCUUUUCCUCCCUCCUUCCAUGAGGAGAAAAUUCUUCAGCAUUUAUGAUGGAAAAUAUUGAAAGUACCAAACUAUAAUUGAAAGCUACUUUUUUACAAUUGUUUUCGGUUAUGCAGUGUUUAAUUAACUGAUGUAAUUGAAAGCUACUUUUUUAUUUUUUAUUUUUUGUGUUAUGCAGUGUUGUUAAUGGCUUUUUUUUGUAUUCAGCAUUUUCACUGUGGCUAAUGUGCAGCAAGGGUCCCUAUCAAGAGCAUUAAAGGUGUGUAAAGCUGUCCCUCUGGAGCUCAGUGCAGUCACACUGGAGUGGCACUCCAGUACCAUGGUCUCCUCAUUUGUCCCCUGCUGUCCCAACACCAGAGGAGGGAAAGGCUCUGGUGUCUUUUACCCCCAGUUGCUGUCUUCCUGUUCUCCAGCUUACUGAGUCCCACUUCUGCUCCAAAGCAAUAGCUGUGAAGACGUACCAUGAGAGGCAAUGGAGGAGAAGGUCAGGGUUUCUUGUGAUCCCUCCCUCUCAUCCUGAUGUUUGAAUGUUCUAAGGCUAAUCUUGAGGUUCUCGGAGGAGUAAAGAAGAGUGAUUAUCAUUUGAUAUAGAGUGAUCCAAUACUUUUUAAUGGUGAAGACAAGAGGUUUGUCUGCACCACUGGUCACUACGUUAAAGGCCUGAGUAGGUAGUCAUAUGUGUUCUUAUGGGUAUAUGAACUUUCAUGUCUAUGCAGAUGUACAGCACAGAGAGUGAAGACUACAGGGUUUUUUUAUGAGUAUGUGUUAUAUCCCCCAUGGAACAUAAAGAAGCAAUCUCAGAAAACAUUCCAAAAAAAAUCUUAUGAUUAAUCACAAAUUAUUCUCCUAUAAACACAUUUUUCAGACAUAACUCUCUUAAAAUUGAAAUUAAAACGGCAGAUGGGCUCUGGGAGAUGUGUCAGAUUGUGAAGAAAUGGCAUAUGGGAAUAUCGUGGUGGGACAUUGUGUGGCAUUUCACACGCUUCUUCUACAGUGUACAUGGCCUCCGUUGCACACACAUUUUUACAAUCCACACUCAGCAGACAGAAUGUGUCAGAUGAUUUAUUCAUUGUCUCCAGGGUGAAUUUUUAGUGGAUGCUUCAACUCAUCUCAUUACUUUCUUUUAAGAAAAGAAUAAAUCCUCCUGACAUAGAACUAUUUUAGUGUUUUAAAAAAUAAUCUCCCCUUCUUGAAUAUUUCUCUAGUUUAAAAGGUCACUUUCUUUCCCCUGGGAAGAAGAGUACAAAUAUUUCAAGAACGUAUGGCUACACUCGAGAGGAAAGGCUUUCUAAGUGACCGCUAAUCUGGCCUUCAUCAAUUUGAUAUAGUAACCCCACCCCAGAGUUUGUAAUAAGAAAGUUUUCUGAUAUUAGUAUUGCUUUGUUAAAGUCUCAUUUUUGACUGCCUCAUUCUCUCUUCAAAUCCCCACCUCCAGCCACCAGUCCUUCGCUCUUAUUUGCUAAACAAAUGGAGCAAUUCCUUAGGAAUGCCUUCAGCUGCGUUCUGGCUGUCACUACCUGCUGCACGGCUCAUUUUUCUGGAAGUGUACAGCUGCAGUUCCUGGUGCAGUGUAUGGCACACUCCAGACCUCUCAUCAGCACAUCACACACACACGCACACGCACACGCACACGCACAUGUGCUCGCUUGCAGGAGUUUAAGUUAGGCUGUACUGUGUGGGUCAUGUUUUAGAUUCCAAACUGACAUUUUCAUUUCCUUCCCUACUUCCUCCCGGCAACCCUUCUUCCUUUCCUUUAUUUCUUCUUUAUUUCCUCUCUUUCUUCUUAACUUUUGCCUUUUGAUGAAAGAAACACAGAGGAAUUAAUAUUUUAAGGUACAUCUGGCUCAACCUGUUGUUAAAUGACACUAACCAACUUAUUUUCUAGAGUUAGGGUUCAUGUCUGGCUGGUUUUCGUUAGGAAAUUGGCUUCAGUCACACACUUACUUUCAUUGGAAGUUGGGCCCAAUGUUGUCUAGGGUUCUCCCUCUGAUUAGACUCUCAUCGAUCCUGCUAUGUGCUGACAUUGUGCAGAAAAAAAAAGAGUAGAAUUUUUGCACACUGCAUAGCCAGAGGUAUUUCCAAAUAUGCUAGAAAUUUUCUUGGAACUGGGGGCUCUGUAAGAACUGACUGAAGCUAGCUCUGUGCGUCCUGAGGAACACUGGGACAUUGGGUGAAGCUCUGCUUCACAGAAAACCCUCUGUCAUCAUAGUCCUAGACUUUUGCUUCAAAGUUUCCCAAUGCAAGCUAAGUACCUCUGCCCCUUAAGACUUCUAACACCUUAGCAUCUUGGUCCUGUUAUACGCAUCAAAAUGCAUAUUAAAGUAGAUUCCAUCUGAAAUUAGCAUGUAUGUUGAUGGAAGAGAAGAGGGUUUCUUGAGUGUAUGAUGGAAUGAUAGAGACACUAAAGGAAUGGAAAAGAAGCCAUAAACUGAAUGGUUGUGAAGGCAUCUGCUACAGAGAUGUCUCUAUCCCUAAGAAGGGCCAAUCCAUGUGUUUGUUCUGGACCCUGUUGACUCACAGGUAAUACUGAAGAGAAAAGAAACAGAUGUGGAGUGUGAUGUGAAAAAGCAAGGGUCAUAUUACACUCUGCUGAUUAUCUUUCAUGCCCCCAGAAAAGGAUCUGGCCCACAACCAAGUACUGAGGUUCUGACAUUUUGACUUAUCCAUAAUCAAGUGUACUGGGUACAUGACUCAAUGAUGGCAUCAUUGUUUCUUUAUUUAUCUACAAAGGAAUGAAAACCACCAGUGUUGACAAACACCCAUGUCAGCAAAUGUUCCACUUUAGUCAUUGAUAGAAUCAGGUCUUGCCUUCAAUACUGUAGGCAAUUUCUCAUCAAAAGGUAUUCCACCUAUGGGCUAUGUUAUUGUGUAGUUGAACAGCUCAAGAGAUGUUAUCCUAAAAAUGCAUCAGACUUGCACUCAGUCAGUUUGUCUAAACACAGCCCACUGGCAUUUGAAUUUGCAUAUAUCCACAUAUUCUUUCUGAAAUUUUUUUCUUUUAGAAUAAACCACAAAUAUUUCCUCAACAGAUCAAGCCAAAUUCCUCAUCAAUUUUCCCCCAGGGUCAUCAAGUUUUUUAACUUUGAAGUAUCCUAGACUCUUUGGUGGGCCAUUCAUGUUUUAAAUCACACUUUGGAGUACACUAAGUUCAGUGCUACUGUGUCAAAAGACAAUUUGGGAGCCCCAACAGGAAAUACCAGAAGCCAUGCACCAAUGGGUGAUACAGUGAACUGUGUCACCAUUAGAUCAACUGGUGACAGGUUAUGUUCAAGUCUCCUGGCUCAAAACCAUCAGUUUCCAUGGAGAUGUCAAAACAGUAAAUUUAGACUCCUUUGCAAACUCUCUGGUGUUUUUCUAGAGUCUAAAGAUGGAACUGGCCAUGCCAAGUUUGUCCAUUCAUUCUUACACCUUUACUACUUCAUAGGGCAUUUACAGAGUUAUGUUAAUACACCAUUGCCAAUAUUACAAAGCCUGUUAUUACCCAUAGGUAUGUAAUACUAUCUUCUAGCAGUUACUGAAGGGCAUUGUGGGUACCCUGCUUCUUUGAAAAAUGUAUAUAAAAUGGGAAAACUUAAGUUAAUGUUCUUGUUGACCUAGGAAAUGUACCGUAGGGAAUGCUGUGUGAGAGCUUACUGUCCAGAGCCCAGGGAUUGUUAGUCUCUACAGCUUGUCUUUUCAGUUGUUAUCAUUAAUUAAAAUGAUGCAAGGAGGUUUCCAAGGUCUAUAAACACUAAUCUAUGGCCUUGAGGUAGUCUCUCUGGAUAAUCUCAUGAAACCAAGGAAAUGAGUUGCUUUCCAGUUUGCUACUGUUUCCUUUGGGGAACAAAAACCCUGUGGAUAAUGUGCAAUGGUGAACUAUUGACAGAAGUUGUGAAAGUUCUCUUCCUUUUGGAUUUCAUAUCAAAAUGUUGCAUUAUUAAAAAUUUGAUACACUUUGCUGAAGCAACAUAGAAACCUAUCUCUUAAAAUAGUUCAGACUGCAAAGACUGUGUGUAGUCUCCUGGAUACCCAAUUCAGAGCCUGGAACAAAUAGUAUAGUUCAUAAUGAAAGCCCAGCCCUGAAACAUGAUCUCUUUGAUAGAUGAUGUCCUGCCGUUUAUGCUUAUUAUCCAUGACCAGAGCCUAUAUCAACUCUGUCCCCAAGCGGAAAUGCUUUACUAGGAAGACAAGGUACAUGUAACUAAACUGAUCAAAGAUACUCUUCUAUCAGAAAGAGAAAAGUAGCAAUGGGGAAUCACUAAAAUGCAAAUCAGGCAGGAAAAUCUCCACCCCUUCAUAAUCCAUCAAGAACCUAAAACCAGUAGAUUAGCCAUAAUUCUGAUCUUUCUCUGAUUCUUGGGAAUUUAAUACUGACUGCUUCCAAUGUUAGACAAAUACAAGCAAAAAGAAAUGCCUAGGCUCUGAUAAACAAAACUGUUCUUCCAUCAAGACAAUAAAGGAGUCCUGUUAUCUGCAGAAGAUGAGAUUGACUUUUUGUGUACAAAGUUGCUAGUGCCUUUUAUAAGCUAUGUGCUGUUGUUCUUCCUGGUUAUUGAUUGUUCCAAUUAGAAGCCACGUACUGGUUGUAUACACUUUGAAGAAAUCUACUCUGUGUGUCUCUGAGCUCAGGAACAGAAAAUGGGAGAAAUGUCUCAUGUUCGAGUGUGGUUUUGCUCUCAGAACAAGAUCAAGAGUGUGCUGUGUCCAGAUGAAGUGACCCUGUUCCAGCCUGCAAGAAACUGAUAUUGCUUUAAUUUUUACAUCUUCAUGGAAAUGUAUUAGAUCCUGUUCUGUGGUAGGGGAGUCAGCUCUGUUUCUGUAGACUUCAGUGGAUGUUUCUGUUGCUCUUCAUGCACAUACAUAGAUAGGGAAACAGGUGCAGGCUACCUACAGUGAUACAGAUUGUGACAUGAGAACCAAGUAGACCACUAUUUGGGCUGUUUUGUCCUAUAUUGCAAAUCCAACAUCAGAACUGCUCAAAUAUUCACAAAAUUAUUCCUUUGUGCUUGAAUUUAAAACAUUAGCAGUGUCUUCUCUGCUGCAGCUGACCACUGAUCUCUUAACUGUGGCUGUGGUCUCAAAUCAGCUUAUAGAUCUGCUUUCGAAGCAUGAACAGUGGGAGCCUCCGACCACUGAAUCACCACAAUGUUCACCUUAUCUGCCAAUAAGAUGCACCAGCUUGUCCCAGUGUAAGAGUCUGCAGAACCUGUGACCACUUGAUUUUGACUUUACACCUGCUAUGCCUCCUUGCCUGUCUUGUGAUAGAAAAUAAAAUUGUUUGGGUUUGCUCAUUCAUUGACAUUUCUUCUGGGCCAACUUCAAACCUUGGUAAACUUGCAGUGUGUUACUGAUCUUAAGAUUAAAAUUUCAAAGGCAGUAUAUAUUAGUUACCACAGAGCCCUUUCAAGAGUAAAAUAGCUCUGUAUUUCCCUGUCAGUUUUCUGAGAGAACAGCCACUUGUUUCUGUGUGGGAUUGCUGCUGGCUGGUGAGUGUUCUCUCCCUGAUACAAUAGGCAACCCACACUAUUAAGCCUUUACGUUUGGCUGUCAUUACUUGCCCUGAAAUCUCACUAGCCAUGUGCAUUGGUAUUUUCUGCCGCUAUCAUUUUUCUGUUUCACUCAUUAACCCACUGGAUUGAUAUUCUUCCUGAGAGCUGGCCAGGCCCUUGCCUCAAGUUGUGCUUAAUGACACCUGGCAGAUACCUUGUUUUCAGAAAUUAGUUUAAGACCCUAAUUAUGUCAACCCAGGCAGGGAACUAAUUCUGUCUUUCAUGGAACCAAUUAUGGAAGUUCCAAAAAGAGGUGGGCAGGGGCACUUCCCAACCAAUCAACCAAACCAAACUCACACCUGUCUAACUAAACAUUAAUAAGAUGAAUCAUUAUUACAGCAGUGGAAAUGUCUCACUGUAUCUUCCCUAGGUACAUUCCAGUAUCAACAUCUCCGCCUUCUUCAUCGCUUUUAACAAUGAAGUCAUAAGAUAGCCCUGCAUUUUACCAAGAGCACAGCACUACUCCCUUCUGAGACCUCCCUCCCCUUCCCGUUCAUCAUCUCUAUGCCAACAUUUUGUGGAAACUAAAAGAAUCCUAAUUAUGUACAGAUAAAUUGUAUUAUAUUUUUUGUACGUAAUGUUUUGUGUAAAUAGUUUGCCUUGUUCGGUUGUAUGUGAGUAUUGAAAUAAACCCUGACAUUUAGGAAACAA